GGGGUCCGCGCGCCCGAACUUUCCCCAACUUUCCCGCUGAGGCCGCUGCGGGGGGCUGCCGAGGGGCAGCGCGGGGCCGUUUGUGUCUCCCCUCCCCGUCCGCUGACCUCCGUCCGGGCCGGCCGCGGGGUCCGGGCGCUGCCCCCGCCCGGCCGGGGAGCGCGGGGUGAGCGGCGGUGCGACCCCGUCCGCCUGCAUCCCUCAUCCCUCCGGAGCGCGUCCGCGCCGCCCUGUCAACCGUUUGCAUUGCCGUUGUGUGCACGGGGCGCUGCGUACCCGUGGCUGUGCCCGGCCCGGCCCGGGGGAGCCGUGCGGCGGAGGUGCGCUGCCUUCCGCCCGCCCUCAGCGCGGCCGUGGCACCCGCUCUGCUCGGGACUGAGCCAGCGGCUGUCAGCGCUGUGAAUCGGAGCAGAUGUGUGUGCGCCUACCGGGGUCAGAGCACCUCGGUCCGCGCGAGGUGCCGGGGAUAAGUUCGCUCCCCCCACCGUGGCUUAUGUCAGCCUUUGGCAGCUCCCCCCUCCGAUCCCCCGGGAUUGAAGUGGAUCUAGGGACGAAUGGAUGACUGAAUAUUCAUAUGAAGAGGAAAGCCAUAAAAGACGUCAGCGCUUUUGAAAACAGAAUGUUAAUGCUGGAUGGGAUGCCGGCAGUCAGAGUUAAAACAGAGCUGCUGGAAUCUGAGCAAGGGUCUCCAAACGUCCACAACUACCCAGAUAUGGAAGCUGUGCCCUUGUUACUAAACAACAUGAAGGCAGAUCCCCCGGAGGAUUCAUUAUCUACAGAUCAUUUCCAAACACAGACUGAACCAGUGGACUUAUCAAUAAACAAAGCCAGGUCAUCCCCUACAGCAGCUUCAUCUUCACCAGUUUCCAUGACAGCAUCAGCCUCCUCCCCUUCUUCUACUUCUACUUCUUCUUCUUCGAGUCGACCAGCUUCAUCACCCACAGUAAUAACGUCGGUAUCCUCAGCAGCAUCUGUACCAUCAGUAUUAAGUCCAGGUCCUCUUGUGGCCUCUGCAUCUGGUGUGGGAGGUCAGCAAUUUUUGCACAUUAUCCAUCCAGUUCCACCUUCAAGCCCCAUGAACUUGCAGUCCAAUAAAAUGAGUCACGUGCACCGUAUACCCGUUGUGGUACAGUCGGUACCUGUUGUCUAUACAGCCGUGAGAUCACCUGGGAAUAUGAACAACACUAUAGUAGUGCCACUGUUGGAGGAUGGGAGAAGCCACGUCAAAGCACAAAUGGACCCCCGAGGCCUAUCUCCCAGACAAAUUAAAAGUGACAGUGAUGAUGACGACCUGCCAAAUGUGACCUUAGAUAGCGUUAAUGAAACUGGAUCUACAGCGCUCUCCAUAGCCAGAGCAGUACAAGAAGAGAGCAUGUGGGGCUGUGCCAGGUCAGCUGCUAACCCUUUUCGUUUUUUCAACUCCAGUUCAAUUUCGCCAUUCAGUAUUGAGAGCACAAGGCGUCAGAGAAGGUCUGAGUCUCCAGACUCCAGGAAGCGGCGCAUCCAUCGGUGUGACUUCGAGGGAUGCAACAAAGUAUACACAAAAAGCUCCCACCUGAAAGCUCACCGGAGGACGCACACAGGAGAAAAACCCUACAAAUGUACCUGGGAAGGCUGCACCUGGAAGUUUGCUCGCUCCGACGAACUGACGAGGCAUUACCGCAAGCACACAGGAGUGAAGCCAUUCAAGUGUGCAGACUGUGACCGCAGCUUUUCCCGCUCAGAUCACUUGGCGCUCCACCGCCGCAGGCACAUGCUGGUUUGAAAAACGCUACCUAUUCCAGCCGAGCUUAAGAGCUGGGUCUCUUAACUACCCGGAGUGAAUUCAGCAGGGCUGAAUCCCCUUCUACAGUGUUAGCAGGCAGGGCUGUCUCUGCUGUCUGUAAGAAAAAAUAAUAACAAAAAUAAAAUAGCAGGAAAAGAAGUGCCACUCUUCUCCUCGCCAUCUGAAGCUAACCCCAUCUGCCCCUCAGCAUGGUUACCCCAAAGGUGUCAUCACAGUCGCCAGGGAAAUAGCAGUCAAAAUGCUACAGGAAUGGGCAUUAUUUUACAUGCUGCAUCCUUUGAGAAAAAAAGUGUUUAUAGCUUGUAUGUUUUUUCAGCUGUUGGACAUUUUGUUCCUGAAAAAUCGCUGCUGAUUGGAGGAUUAGAUGCCACAAACCGAUGAUGAUGAUGAUGAGAGCAAGAACGGUAGACCUUUGUUAUCCCUUCUUUUCCCCUUGUUUUGAAUACUACCUGGCCAGUGUCAGCAUCAGCCUGAGCAGUACUACAUAGGAGCUGAUGAGCUGCAUAGGAGUAGGCGAGAAGAUCCUGCUGGAGAGGUUCCACCAUCAGAGCUGAAGGGUUGCUGGAGCUGACUUUCGCAAUAACAAUGGUGGCAUUUUAAUGUUGUAUCACAAGUUGUCAUUAUGCCCUAGAAGACACCAGCCAUUUAACCCUUUUCUUUUAUCCUUUCCUUUCCUUUCUUUUCUUUUGUUGUUGUUGAAGUCUGUAAAACAAAAAAGGGGCAGCAGCAUUUCUGUUACAAGUACAGCAUCAAGUAUCUGUAUUUUACCAUCGACUUAUUUAGAACCAUUUUCUGAUUAAUAUAGAAAAAGCCAAUCUAAAAACUACUACCCCAUUCUCAAAGUGCAGUUUUCUUUCAUGCAGGUAUCCUCUUCCCCAUGACAGUGUUUGAAUAUGAGGAAACAGUCAGAAAUUAUACUUUCUAGUACCAAGGUUAGUGGUGUAGCCAUCCAUGAAAUGGAAUUGAAUGUACCAACAAUGCAAAAUAGAGAAGAAACAGCUGCGUCUCUUUGCAGAGAAAAAGCAAUAAUGAGUAAAAUGGCUCUCAAGACAAUAAUUUACUCCACAUCAACAGAAGGGAGGUAUGCAGAAAUUGCACGUAAGAUAAUUUAAGUUAAUCUUCCUGAUGGUUUCACUGACCUGUUAGUUACCACAAUUAAGUACUUUCAUUUCCUUAAACAUAAUGCUUACUUGUGUCAGGAAAGCAAAACAUACAAAGGAAAGAGCUGAGUGUUGAGGAGUCAGUGGAUGAACUGUAAGUAGGAAGAAGAAACAGUUGUACAGUGGUGCUCUGCAAGACAUUAGGUUUCUCCCUGGGAGUUAGAGAAUAACAAGACAUUGCCAGCUGUCUAUUAUGAUACAAAUGCUCCUUUAUAUGGGUAUCAGUGGCUGCCUCUGCUGGGAUUUUCAAUCCAAGCCUUUUCAGAUUAAAUAAAAGGAAAUUCUUGAUCAUUCCCAUACAGCUCUGUAAUUGUGAAUCAAUUUGUAUUAAUUAAAUUAUGUAGGGGAGAGAGAGAAACUCCUAGUCAUCAGUUGUUCGUGAAAACAGAAUAGUGUUUUUCUGUUUUCCUUCUUCACAAGGAUCUGCCUAUUCAGCUAAAUGGGACAAAGAGAAGGCUUGGCAAGAUUUUUUAAGUGUUGAGAUUUUUAUAGCUUAGAGAUAAAAGAUGUAUACAUAAAGGUCUUUUGCAGCAAUGCACUUAAUUACAAAUAUUUGUUUCCAGAAAUUGCACAGAUUAAACUUGUGGUGCCACUUGUUCAUUUUUAAAGGUUAGAUCAGUCUGAAUUCAGUUCUGAUUCCCGAAGUACUAGCUGUAAUGUUGGGAACAGGUUCUGAAGUCAAGAUAAUCUUUUAAGAAGAAGCAGAACAGAGAACCCUUGCACACACUGAAAGUAAUUGCAGUUAAUUGAGGAUUAAUAAGACUGGGAUAAUACAUCAUAACAGCACUUAGGCGCUCCAGAGUUUGAUUAUCUUUAAAUACAUUGUUCAUGUUCCCCGAUACCGGAUAAUCUGUCAGUCCCCCAAAGGAAGAACUUCAGUACUGUUACUAUUCAGUAUCCCCUCUGGUGAGUGGUCAAUAUAGAAACUGCAGACAAAUUAUUAGCAGCCAUAGGUUCAUGCCCCGUCCUAGAGAUUUUCAAGGCAAGGCUACAUAAGGCCCUGGACAACCUGAUAUUACUGUGGUGUCCCUGUUCAUUGUAGGGGAGUUGGACUGGAUGGCCUUCAGAGGACCCUUCCAACUGUAAGGAUUCUCUGAUUCUGUGAUAGUGGAAAAAAUGUCUCUCCCAUUCCCACCGUCUGCACUGGUGAUCAACUUCUGUGAAAUUUUGUAGCAUUUAAGCAUCCAACUCAGAACUGGGCAUUAAGCAGCACUUAGUGUUGAUGCAGUUUAAAACGGCUGAAACAGAUGAGAGCUUCUUGAUAGCCCAUAAGCCAUUGUGGAGCAACAGAACUGGGUUUUUGCCAACAGCAUUACUUCUUUCAUUUUCAAAAAUGGUAGUCAGUGCAGUACCUGAGGUGGUUCAUGGAUUGCAUCUGAGGUCUAUCUUUUAUGUACUUUAAGGUCAUUCCCUUUAAACAGAUCAGACAACAUCAGUGUUUUGGGGAAGAAAUCAGGUCAGGUAAAAGUCAAUUUAUAAAAUUAUUUUGCUUUUCCAAGAAUGUUUUACCAACUAAUUUUCUAAAUAGCAGCAGAAUCUGUGAUUUUAUUUCUCCCCCAUAGAAAAUGAAAUUUAUUUGACCAGCAACACGUAAGGACAUUCUGUUAGCAUUCAAGAGAAACAAUAAGAGAUCUUCUCUGAUGCUGUUCACAGGGGCUGAAUAUAACUCAGAGGUACUAAUGUCUUCUUCAGGCUUCUGUGUAGUGAAUUGGAAUUAAAAAUCUCCAAGAGCAAUUGAGAGGCUUUAAAUUUUGGUGUGCAGCUUUGAAUUGUCCUGUGCUGACUGCACAGAGAUCCCAUAGGAAGCUCAUUCCCCAGGGCAGAAAUCACUCUUUGCGAACCCCUUGUCUCCAUUCUGUGAGAAUAUUUUUUGUUUUCCUCUUUGGGAGUAUUUUAAGAGAGGUUACUUUGUGGAAGGAGCGUGUUGGGACAUGGAGUGGAUAUCCCCCAGGUUCUCAGGGCGCUCUUCCACCUGUGUUCCACCAAGUUCCUGUGCUUGUGCAGAGACAAAGGGCAGCUGCUCCAGCGUGGUUUCCUCAAAAAUCACAAUAACUCACCGCAGUGCAUUGCACGCACGGCAUUGCAUAACCGUGGUGAAGGCUGACUUCACCUGUGGCAUGCAGAAAUACCAGAUCUUGUCUUGGCACAGCACAGUAAGUCCGUCUUAAUUAACUGAGCAGUUGAGAAAUACAAAAAUACAGCGUCCCUAUCCUUUCAGACAGACAGAUUUAUGCUUUUCAAUAUGAAUAAAGGAUGGGUAGUACCGACUGAGCAUUAUGGCUUACGUGGCGAUCUCUGCCAUGAAGUGUCAGAUUUCAGGUGUUUCCAAAAAGAUUCAAUGGAUUUGUCAGCAAAUCUCAGUAGCCAGCAUUACAUGAAAACAUAAUGAGUAAACAAGUUUGAUACAGAACUUUUUAAAUUUUAAAUUGCCAUUAUUUUUUGAGCGUCUGUUUUAUUCAGCACUGUAACAUUGGCUCAUUGCAACGGCAGUUUUUACUGGGGGUGAAGAUGCAGUAUUCCUUAUUCUCUAUCGUGCUUUCAAUUAAUGAAAUAGAUUUAGACUGAUUUGUAUAUAUGAUUAUUUGCUGGAGUAAUGUAUAACAAAAUUAACAGUGUUAAAAAUGACAUCAGUGAUGUUGAUGCUUGGGAUAAACUUACAGUGCAGAGCAUGGACAAAUAGUUGGACAACCUUUCUCCCCUUUAAUAAUGGAAUAGCAGUGAUCAUAAAUCUCGUUUUCCAUUAGCUACACUGAGAAUGUAUUCUAGUUACCAUUUAUAAAUUUAUCUUCUGAUAAUAAAAGAUGUUUAAUGGAAAAAAUCUCUUUCUCCUUUAUUGAAGUUGGAUACCUCAAAUCAGAGUAAGAUUCACUGUUAAUACCCUGCUUAUUUUUUAGUAUGAACAUUGGUUUGGAAAGGUCAUGUGAGGAACCACAUUUUCCGCAGCAAAUGCGUCUAAAGUAAUUUGCCCUGCUACAUGCUCACCCAAACACCCAUGCAUAUAAAUGCCAGCAUUUUCACAUCCCUCCUCCCAUCAGCAGAUAAAAACAAACACGAUUGUGAAAACAAAGCAGAAGAUGAAGAAUUUAAAAUAAAUUGGAAAUAAAAGAAAGUGCUACCUUCUUAAGAAACCAGCUCAUAUUACUGUAUCAUGCUUUUGCCUGUGAUUUAUAAUUGGAGAAGCACACAGAUUUAAAGAUGAUUGUUAUAUUUUCACAGUGUCACGAUAGCAUUCCAGUUGCUGUGUAAUAUGCUUACAAAGUCAUACCCAUUGGUACCUUAAAAAUGCUUGAUUUCUGAUCAACUGCAGCAGCAAAGCAGGUUUUAGUAGAAAAAACAAGUAGCUAUAAGGAUACUGCAUCUUUAGAAAUUGAAAUGCAUUGAAAGUAUUUUACUAUACUUGUAACAGUUUAAAUAUUCUGUAAUAUAUGUGAUAGUGGAAAAGUAUUUUCAAACUCACGGUUUUUCAUGGGGUGUAAAUAGGUUAAAUGAAGUACAUUUUUAAAAAUCCUUCCGCUUUCAUAAAGAAAAAAUUGUUAGAUAAUGCCUUGCAAAGCUUACACAGAAAAUGCUGAGAAGCAAAUUAUUCUGUUUUGGCAGAAACAUUUUCUCUGCAAAAUGGAGUCGCCACUUUUUUGCUGUUUUGCAGAUAGCGUGUGAUAUAGUGAAGUCAUAUUGAGUCCUUCAGUAUCAAAUAAGUCAACAUUCAGAAUGCCUUUGACUGAGUAAAUGAAAAAAAACAAAACACUUAAUGAGAAUGAAAACCAUAUGAAAAAGUUUUGUGUUGUUUUCCUUCUGGCAAUUUACUGCAGAUACAGUGACAGCAAGCUCUCUGAUUUUAUUUGAUUUUAUUUGUGCUUGUAUUUCCCUGACUACACUGCGUCUUGAACAAAAGGUUGCAGAGCUGAAAUAGGCAGCUGUUCUUUGCUGAUUCCAGGGGUGUUCAGUCUUCGAGGUACAGCAGUAUGCCAACAAUCCAAUGGUAGCGGGCAGUUGUGACAUUUAGAAUGCUCAUAUACUCCAGCACGGUAGUCUAAAAUCCAUUUUAAAAGAUGAAACAGAAACUGAAAGUGCCUGUUAUUAGAACUGAUGGGAUGUUCCUAUACUUUUACACAGCAAUAACUUAUGGGAUUUUAUCAACAAUAAGAUGAAAAUAAAAUUAAACUCUGAGAACAAUAAUGCAGCACAGAAGCAAACACAAAGUGCCAUUUGUAUUUUCAUGUCGAUGUAUUUUGUUAAGAGUUUUAGUUAGUUUCUCAAAUAAUGUCUGUCAGAUAUGUAAGAUGAAAAUGGAUCCUCGUUUACAAAUUUCUCAUAUCCAUAUGGAUUCCAAGUAGGUGUAAAUGGAGAUCAUUGUGUUUUGUGGCAUUACUUCCUAAUUUGCGUCUGAUUUGCCCACAAAUAUCCAUGGUAUUCUGUAGUAAAAUAACCACAAAACCAGCAAUGGACCUUCUUCAGGUUAUACACCAGAGCAUAUUCUCUUGAAAAAUCCACUACAUUGAAUUGUGGAGUUCACCAUAUUUCUCUUUUCUAUUCCUUUUUGUAAUACCAGUGCUUAAUACCGUCUUCAAAUUGGAGAGGUCAAAAUACAUCCCUUUUUAAAAUUGUUAUUUUGGGGAAGAAAUAAGUGGGGGAAAAAAGGUGGGGACUAUCAGUUUAGAGACUAUUUGAGUAACAAACAAUAAGCUGAUAUUCUUAGAAUGGAGAAA